GUCCUUUAUUAAUUGGACCGUACUAUGCUCCACCGGCACUACUAGAACGGUGGUAGUGCUCCACGGCCAAAACACUACUAGUAGGAGACAGGGAGGGAGGCCUCCACCGUCUAAUUGUUUCUUUCCGGCCGUCCAGCGCCGGCAGGCAGCGAAGCUAGGGCAGAUCGAUCGAAUCAACAGCCGCGCGCCGGCCGCCGGACAAGAUGACGGGUCGCCCGGUGUUCGUGCUCUUCGGCUCCUCCAUCGUACAGUACAGCUUCAGCAACGGCGGAUGGGGAGCUACCCUCGCCGACGUCUACGCCCGCAAGGCUGAUAUUGUUCUCAGAGGAUAUAUUGCAUGGAACUCAAGGCGAGCACUUCAAGUCAUUACCAAAAUUUUCCCCAAGGAUUCAGCAGUGCAGCCUAGCUUGGUUGUAGUUUACUUUGGUGGCAAUGAUUCGAUUGCUCCGCACCCUUCCGGGCUUGGACCUCAUGUGCCACUUGAGGAGUACAUGGACAACAUGAGGAAGAUAGGAGAGCACCUCAAGAGCCUGUCCAACAAGACUCGUGUGAUCUUUCUGAGCUGCCCGCCGCUCAACGAGGAGCUGCUCAAAAAAUCAACCAGCACUGCACUCAGCGAGAUUGUGCGGACCAACGAAACCUGCCGUCUCUACUCUGAAGCAUGUAUAUCUGUAUCGAAAGAGAUGGACAUCAAGGUGGUCGAUCUUUGGAACGCCAUGCAGAAACGAGAGGACUGGGCCACAGCAUGCUUUACGGACGGGUUGCAUUUGUCGGAAGAGGGGAGCAAUAUAGUUGUGGAAGAGAUCCUGAGGAUCCUCAAGGAGGCGGAAUGGGAUCCAUGCCUACACUGGAAGGCGAUGCCGACCGAGUUCGGGGAGGACUCGCCCUACGACCUUGUCGCCUCCAGCGGCAAAUCGACCAUCAACCCAUCCGAGUGGACUUUCCACAGGAAAAGAUCAUGGGAAUGAACGGAUCGCCAGGACAUGUGUGAGAUCGAGCAGCUGCACGUGAUAUUUUGCGCCGGUGCUCUUCGGUCGCUUUGUGUUAUUCAUCUGAUGGAAGAACGUGAUAAGAUGUUUCUGAAUUGCAAGGGUCCAUCGAGUCGUAGAAUUAAUAAUGGACAUGUUUGAGUUGAACAAACGUUGAGCUAAGUUGGGGGUGGAUGGAUCGCUGAUGUAUACCGGCCUCAAAGAUGUAGUGUUCUACGUUUCCUAGUAUGAAUUGAGCAUGCAUGAUCAUCUAGCGACAUGUUUGGAUCAAUGCUGGAAUUUCGUGGCAAUGGAUUCGAUUGUAUACUCA